AUGGCUACCUUGUUGCAAGAUGAUUCCAACCUUCCAGUUUAUCGAGUGAUCUCAAAGACCUUUAUCAGUGCUCCCGAUUACCAAAAGAUGUCAAAGGCGCAGUCUUUCCAGAACUACCGCAGUUCCAUUUCGGCUCAUACCCCCCAGAAGCUCCUGCAAAAAAGGGAGUCAGGGGCAGCAGGACCGGCAGAAAGAGUGGUGAUUCAAAGACGGGGCCGCAGAGCACCUGGUGCCACAGCCAAGAAGCUUGCGGCGGCUAUGAAGCUCAAGCAAUCUCGCGAGGAAGCCACCACCAAACUGGAAGUGGACCGAUUGGUCCAAAAGAACGUCCUUAGUGCCAACAAUGCAAGUGUUUGGAUAAAUCCAGCCUUUCCUACUGCCCUCAAAGCCCAGAGCGAAGCGAGCAGGAGGCAUCUUGUCAUUGCAGCGUCAGAGUGGCACGAUACUCCAACUGCUACUGGCAAUGUGAGCAAAGCAAAGCCAGAAGAAAUCUUAGUGCAAGUAGAUAUAUCUUUGAAGGCAACUACAAUGGACCUGAGCAUUGCGUACACAAGCACUCACUCCACUUCAGGAGAUAUGCCAGACAAGCAGGCUGAAUGGUCAGUAUGCAAUGCCAGCUCCCAUGACAAACAACUGCGUGCGUCGCUCAUGGGACUUGACUCCCGCUUCUGAAAACAACGAGCAACAGUGGCAACCGAGACAAUGAAUGUGCCUUCACUAAACCACGAGGUCCACACGGGGGUUCUAUCGAUGUGUUGCUUGCUGAAAGGACAUGGCACCAUGGAUGUGUCCACAAGGAUAGAGCCAAGUUUGAGGAGCCAAGAGUCUAUACCCUCAAAUAUGCACAAUGAUGCUUAACAAACAUAGGUGCUCAGGUUAACAAAUGAAAAAGCAUGUGGCGGAGUCCCAUGAUCAAC